ACAUCCUCCUCUCUCCCACUCAUCUUGGUCUCUCCUGGGUCCUGUCUGGCAUGGGUCGGCUUACUGGCCGCUUGUUUGUAUUCUUCACGACGUGUCUCAUUGCAUUCAUUGCUUAUUCGUCCCAAAUAUUCAUCAUCUGGCCUUGGUAUGGCAAUGAGCUCUCCGUGGAACUCCUCGAGCUAUUAGUGCCAUUCAAUGUUCUUGUGGGUCUACUGUUCUGGAACUAUGCACUCUGCGUCAGAACCGACCCGGGAGGCGUGCCGCCAAACUGGCGGCCCGACGUAAAUGAUACGGAUGGCUAUGAAGUCAAGAAAUUAACGAGGGGACCACGAUAUUGUCGCACAUGCGAAAGCUAUAAGCCUCCUCGCGCGCACCAUUGCAGGCAGUGCAAACGGUGUGUGCUGCGUAUGGACCACCACUGCCCGUGGGUGAACAACUGCGUCGGCCACUACAACUACGGCCAUUUCGUUCGCUUCCUAUUUUAUGUGGACCUUGCAUGCACAUAUCACCUUACUAUGGUGACUCGACGUGUGCUGAGUAAUAUCACCUACUGGGAUGACCCUAAAGGCCAAGAGCUCAUAUUCCUUAUUCUUAACUUUGCCACCUGCAUCCCGGUACUGCUUGCUGUUGGCAUAUUCAGCUUGUACCAUUUCUACUCUUUGCUUGGCAACAGCACCACGAUAGAGGGUUGGGAAAAGGACAAGGUCGCGACGCUCGUUCGCCGCGGUCGUAUACGCGAGAUCAAGUUCCCCUACGCAUCCCUGCAACUGACAAGCCCAAAGAACCUUGGUAUGAAACGAAAUAUUUCGGCCGUCCUGGGGCCCAGCCCUCUCUUCUGGUGCUGCCCUUCGCUGCCCGAAGGGAACGGGCUGAAGUAUCCGCUCGCCAACGGUGACGAAGCCGCCGGGGAGGAAUGGCCACCCAGAGACCCCCAGGCGUACGUACGUCCCGAGGUCGAUCCCAAUUACAAGUUCCAGCUUCCGGACUCUCCUUGGACGUACGAGAACGGUACGCUCAACCCUGGCCUGCAACCCUCCACCACGCGCCGGCGGAGGUCUGCCCCUGCACACUCCUCUGUGCCUCCUUACCACCCCGACUACGACGGGGGUGCGGGUGAAUCAUACCCCGUGUCCGAAUCCGAAGACGAGUACGAGGAGGACACUGUGGGCCAACCUCGUGAGUUCGUCCGGCGCGGCUCGGAGGGGUACGAGGUGAAACCCAUCGAUCGGGAGGGGAUGCUGCGAACCUACAUUGAGGACCGCACGGCGGAGCCCGGACGGUACCACCUGUAUGUGCCCGACCCGCCGAGCGAUCCCGACAGCGGCACGGAGGCUGAGGACGAGAAGAUUCCGCUCAGCGAGAAGCUCGAGAUGUGGCGGACGGAGGUCGCAUAGUGGUCGUCGGGGAUGUUCGACUGGAUGGACUGAUGUUGUACGCGAAGUCGCAAACAGGACUCGGACUAGAACUGCUGCUUACCCUCACUCGAACGUUCACACCCCCUCGUUACACUACUGAUAUCGUAGAGCUCGAUUAAUCAUUCGCCGCACAAGGGUUAU